AUGUCGGAAAAUGAACGCAUUGAUGAAACAGACCGGAGAGACAGCACACUUAAAAACGGAGGGCGCACUGCUUAUGUUCACACAAGAAUAAUUAAGAAACUAAAAUCUAUCAAUAGCGAUACUAAGUUCACCUUGUUAUUUGGCAUGCUUUAUGGCCUACUUUCAUACAUAGAUGCAUUCCUAUAUAUUCUAGGCGAUAUGGUCAUGAUGAAUAGCCAAAUACCUAGCUCAAUAUUAUUCAUAAAGUCUGUGUUGGUCUUACCGGUGACAUUCUUUUUCAUCGUUAUUGUGCAGAAAGGGCUAAAAUUCCUUAGCCAACCAAGAAUGCUCGAAGUUAUCCUUAUCAUCUUAUCCAUGUUUUUUUUAUUUUUUGGGUUUGUGAUUUGGCCCUAUCGCGGGAGACUUCAACCGGACUUUUUCUGGUCAAGAGACAUAUUUAGUGAUGGAAAAAUGAAGGCUAGACAUAUGGACUUUUUCUUCCCAAUAUUCCUCGUCUUUAGCGAAUGGUCCUCGACCAUACUCUAUCUUGUAGCAGAGCUGUGGGGGUCCUUAAUAAUUUCCUUCAUGUUCUUCUCAAGAGCAAUUCACCAGUGCACAGAGGCCCAAGUAAAGAAGUUUUUGCCCACAGUGUCUCUGAUAUCAGGGAUUGUCAUGCUGUCCUCGGGCUUGCUUACAAAGAGUCUAAACAGUUACAGGGACGGGCUUCCAUAUCACCUAAAGGAAAGGCUAUUCUCUUACGUAUUUGUUGCAACUUCAAUGCUUACAGUAGUGACUGCAAUGACAAGCUUCUUUAUAGACAAGGUUACUACAAAAGAAGAUUCGGACUACGAAGGCAAAAAGGUACAGAAUGCCCGCAAGAUGGGGUUUGUUAAAUCAUUAGGAAUAAUGAAGAGAUCUAGGUUCCUUAUGGCAAUGACCGAAACGGUGGUGGCAUCUUCUGUAUGUUCCAACAUAUUUGAAGCAACGUACAGAGGAGGAAUAAUACUUGGGGCAGCACAAGCAUCUUCGCCUAGGUCCUCAUACAUGAACAAACUAAAUGCCAUGGCACAGAUAAUAACUUCUGUCUUUCUGCUUGUGAUGUUCUUUAGGCCAGCAACUCAUCUUAUAGAGAGAAGAGGGUGGAUUUCGGUGGCAAUAGUUGCACCUGCCGUCGCCAUUAUCGCAUUACUCUUAUUUUUCCCUAUGGUCUUCUUCAACAACAUCGCCGAGGACGAUCAAGUUCUUCCCAGAGAAGGGUAUAUGGGAAGUUUUGUCCUUGAAAACUAUGCUGGGAUGUUUUUGACAACGGUCAUAAGAAUAUCCAAGUACUGCUUCUUCGACGUUGCAAAGGAAGCAGCUUCCAUAAGAGUAAGCCCCAUUCACAGGCAUUCCUUCAGAGGAAUACAUGACGGACUGGGAAUAAACAUUGGAAAGACAAUAGGCUCUGUAUAUUGCACCCUAAUAACAGUUGUCUUUGAUGUCAGGGAUGUUAGAAACAUGGUUUCUAUAUCUACUGUGUUUGUAGGUGUGUUUUGUAUAAUAUGGAUAAGAUCUGUUUUUUACAUAAGCAGAAAGUACAGAGAAUCUAUUGAAAGAAAUGACUUCAUUAAUGUAGAACUGGCAGAAUGCCGAGACAAUCAAUAA